AUGGGGCAAAAUCACGACGUCGGUUCUAGAAUCAAAGUCGGAAGAGAGAUCGGCUCUUUCGAUUCCUUACCGGAGGAUUGCAUCUCCAACAUAAUCUCAUUCACAAAUCCACGAGACGCUUGCAUCGUCGCUUUGGUUUCGAAUACUUUCAAUUCGGCGGCGAAAUCAGAUAUAAUUUGGGACAAGUUUAUCCCGCCGGAAUAUCCAUCUCUGAUUCCUCCGUCGCGAGUUUUCCCGUCGAAGAAAGAGCUCUAUUUCACUCUAUGCGAUGAUCCUCUCCUAAUCGAACAUGGCAAAAAGAGCUUGUGGUUAGAGAAAGCAAGUGGGAGCAAGUGUAUCAUGUUAUCUGCAAUGAGCCUCUCGAUCAUAUGGGGAGAUAGUCCUAUGUAUUGGCAAUGGAUUCAAAUUCCUGAAGCUAGGUUUGAAUUAGUUGCAAAGCUUAUCGAUGUAUGUUGGUUUGAGAUUCGUGGUAGAAUGGAUACUCGUGUUCUUUCUUCAAGAACUCGUUACUCGGCUUACAUUGUGUUCAAGGAAGCUAAUCGAUGUAACGGGUUUGAGGAUGUGGCAAUAGAAGCUCGAGUUGGAGUUGUGGGACAGGAAGCUACUAGAAGAUUUAUAUGUUUUGAUUCGGCUACGGGUGGGCAGAAUCAAAGGAGAAGGAGGGGAAGGAGGAACUUGGUGAAACCCGAGGAGAGGGAAGAUGGGUGGAUGGAGAUUGAGCUCGGGGAAUUCUUCAUUGAAGGAGGAUUAACGAAUUGUGAUGAAAUUGAGAUGAGUGUUUUAGAGACUAAGCAACUCCAUUGGAAGAGUGGCUUGAUCAUUCACGGAAUUGAAAUCCGGCCUUCGAAAAUCCAGUAG